AGUUACAAUAAUAUUUGAAAGAUUUCAGUCACAAUCUUAAGAAACGUUAAAAAUAGAAAUCUUUACAAUAUUUAAAUGAGAAUAUGCAGACAUUAAAAGUGCUGUUUGAAUAUUUAACAAAAAAGGGCUUCUUCCACUGUCUAAUGCCAUUUCCCCUCAUCCGACAUUUCCAUGCCGGAUUAGGUGCAGCCCAUUAGUUCGCAAAAUGUCACGCUCUGCGCAGUCGUCGACUUCGACGGAUGGCAAUAAAACGCAGCGCUCGACGGGACAUGGCCAACAGUUGGAGACGACACUUCGACGAGAUGUGGUCGCUAUCGCUAUUGCCAUUUGUGCUCUGGCUGCUCUGUUGCUCCUUCCUCGCCAGCGAGAGCAGCAUGAUGGGCCAGGAAGCCUGGCUACGUCCCGGCUGUCACAAGGUGGGCAACACCCGGAAGAUAUCCAUACCGAAUUGUGUGGAAUUUACAAUUACAACUAAUGCUUGUCGCGGCUUCUGUGAAUCGUAUGCGGUGCCAUCGAUUCCCUCCGCUGUCUCGGGACUGUUUCGUCCACCCAAGCCGGUGGUAUCAGUGGGUCAGUGCUGCAACAUGAUGAAGUCCGAAGAGAUUCAACGACGUGUGCUUUGCAUGGAGGGAGUGCGCAAUGUGACCUUCAAGAGCGCCAUUUCCUGCAGCUGUUAUCACUGCAAAAAGGAUUAGAAUAAUUAUUAUCUGUUCCAUGUUAAUUCAAUUUAAA